CAGACUUCGGAAGCAGUUCAGGCCAACUUGUCUGUGCGGAGACCCGAACAGAGUCUGCCCGAGUUCAGGGACCGAGCCUCUGAAAUGGAAGUCAAUUUCCUCUUUCUGAAAUCCACGCGGAGUGUGCUGAAGAUUCUGGAGAUGGCCGUGGCCUUUGUGGUUUUCGUCUCGUUUGCUGCUUCGUCCUCCUCGGGGGCCUUCCUGGCCGUACCGCUCAUGGAGAUCUUCAUCACGCUGGCCUUCUACCUCUUGUACCUGCUCAAGUUCGACUCCAAAAUAACCUUCCUCUUCUGGCCGCUCAUGGAUUCUAUGAAUUCGGCGUUUGCAGCCAUUUUCCUGCUGAUCAUCUGCAUCGUAGCCCUGGCUCUGAGGACAACAGCAGGGAUCGUUACUGGCUCAGUCUUUGGAUUCUUUGGAGUUGGCCUAUACGCUGUGGACACGUAUGUAAUAUACAAACUCAUAACGUUCAACCAAAGCAAGAAUCCCAGCACGUAACCUGAUGGUCUCGGGUCUCCUGAACCGCUGGCCCAUCUCCUGAUGGAUCUUCAGCUUGUGCCUCAGCUCUUUAUUUUGCAUUUCUCAAAUGAGCCAUGCCAUCAUCUGGACCUACCUUGACAGGGCAUUCAAGGUGCGCAGGAAAUGUUGACUUUAAGAUGAGCUAUCUUCAUCCAGAGACUAAUUCUCCCAUUGAUCUUUGUCAAUGUAACAUUCUUAGUCUGUAAAAUACCUGCGGUGACCUUGCAUAUUAAAUUGCAAAGCCUUGACAGCACUUAAACAGGCUUUUCAGGUUCAUGCUGGCAGUUGAUGUCAUCACCCCCCAUUUUCAUUUCUCCUCUCUCUGGAGGCAUCACCUCCUUCCCCAUCACUUUGUCCAGUGACCCAUUAAAUGCCUCAGAGACAUUCAUCACAGCAAAUACUUGUGAGAAUGAGGGCGGCAAGGUAAUGUUGGUGAUUAGCAAAAUCACAGUGCCGGCAAACACUGAUCACGGUUCAAUUCCCACUGCUGUCCAUGAGGAGUUUGCACACUCUCCGUGACCACGUGGAUUUCCUCCCACAGACCAAAGAUGUACCAGUUAGGAUUAGUAAGCUGUGGACAUGCUCUGUUGGUGCUGGAAGCAUGGUGACACUUGUGGGACAAAAAUGAUAAAUUUCACUAUGUUUUGAUGUACAUGGGACAAGUAAAGCUAAUCUAUCUUUCCAUAUUCUCAGUGCAUGAAUAAGUUUCCACCAGAUUUAAAGUUCAAGAUUAAAUAUUAGCUUGAUUUGUCAACUACAGUGAAAUGCGUAGUCUCAUUUUGCGUCAAAUCAAGUCAGUGAGAAUUGUCUGUCGGCUUCUGUCACCAUGUCAUAGGCAUUGACGUAAACCUAGUCAUGUCUGUUUGAUGCUCUGGUCCUGCACACUUCCCCCCUACAGUGAAAACCUUUUUCUAUAUCAGGGGUUCCCAACCUGAGGUCCACACACUCCUUGCUUAAUGGCAUUGGUCCAUGGCAGAUCAGGCAGCAUCUAUGGAGGGAAUAAACAGUCAACAUUUCAGGCCAAGACCCUCCAUCAGAACAUUGACGGUUUAUUCCUCUCUAUAGAGGCUGCCUGACCUGCUGAGUUCUUCCACUAUUUUGUGUGUCCUGAUGAAGGGUCUCAACCUGAAAUACUGACUGCUUUUUCCUCUCUGUAGAUGCUGCCUGACCUGCUGAGUUCCUCUAGCAUUUUGUGUGUGUUGCUCCGGAUUCCCAGCAUCUGUCAGAAUCUUUUGUGUCUCUAUAUCUACAGCUUGCAAAGACUACAUGCUUGUCUUCAUGAGUCUUCUAUAGAUGGUAAGACAAGGGAGACUCUGGAAGCACACAUACAACAGGAGGACAUGUGGUACAUGAAGGCACAGAUCAAGCAUCUUCCUCAGUGAAUUGAACGCCUGGGUAAAGGGGCCAAGUCAAAUAUUUGCAAACACUGCCCUACUGAGCCUGUCUGCAUUUAUGCACCCAGCCACGGAAAAGGCUGCAGAAGGUUGUAAACUCGGACAGCUCCACCACGGGCACUGGUCUCCCCAGCAUCGAGGACAUUUUCAAAAGGCGAUUCUUCAAGAAGGUGGCAUCCAUUAUUAAGGGCCCUCACUAGCUGGGACGUUCAGAUUUAUUUAUCACAUGUACAUCGAAAUGUGUUGUUUGCAUUAACAACCAACACACCCAAGGAUGUGCUGGAGGCAGCCACACAAUCCAAGACUAACUCAGCAUGCCCACAAUGUUCAGCUGAACAACACGAGCAACAACAACAGCAACAAAACAAGACAACAGCAGCAAAGCAAGUCCCUUUCAUCCCACUCACACACCCACAAACACAGAUAGGCCACCAACCCCAGGUCAGGCUGCCCACAGGCCUCCAGUCCUCGGCCAAAGACGAGCAGACAUCAUGCCUCUGACCUUCGACCUUUGGGCCUGUACCUCCAGACUCACCAUCGGGGAGGAGGUAUAGGAGCCUGGAGAGACACAUACUUAAUGAUUUAGGAACAGUUUCUUACCCUGCACCAACAGAAUCAAGUUUAAUAUGACUGGCAUAUGUGGUGAAAGUUGUUGUCUUGCAGCAGCAGUAUAUAAUAAUAAAAACUAUAAAUUGCAAUAAGUAUGUGUAUGUAUGUGUGUGUGUGUAUAUAUAUACACACAUACAUACAUAUAUAUAUGAAAAUUAAAUUAAGUACUGCAAAAAGAGAAGGAAAAAUACUAAGGUAGUGUUCAUGGGUUCAUUGUCCAUUCGGGAAUCUGAUUUUAGAGAGGAGGAAACUGAAACGUUGAGUGUGUGUGCCAUCAGGCUCCUGUAUCAGAUUUCUGAACAGUCCACGAAGUCAUAAACGGUACCUCAUUAUUCCUUCUAUUUACUCUUUAUUUUAAUAAUUUACAAUAUUGUUACGUCUUUGCAGUGUACUGCUGCCGCAAAGCACCAAACCUCACAACGUACAAGUCACAGGUAAUAACCCUGAUUCUGGUCCGCUUUUCCUGCCGCCUUUAUACACGAAAACAACUCUAAUCCAGGUACAACUUACUCGGCUUUCGCUCACCAAAGCCUUCAUUCCAAGAGAAGAUGUGGGGGAGAAACUUCAUUCCAAGUAAGUUUAUAAGAGAAGUAUAUAUACAUCACCAUAUGUAUGUCAUGGGCAACAUAGAGGUUAGUGUGAUGCUAUUUUAGCUCAGGGCAUCAUAGUUCAGAGUUUAAUUCUGGUGCCAUCUGUAAGGGGUCUGUACAUUCUUACAGUGGAAUGCGAGAGUUUCCUCCCACAGUCCAACAUCGUACCAGUUAGCAGGUUAGUUGGUCAUUGUAAACUGUCCUGCAAUUAGGCUCGGGUUAAAUAGGUGGGUUGCUGGGCGGUGUGGCUCGUUGGGCUGUAAGGUCCUGUUCAGCGCUGACUCUCUAAAUAAAUACUGUAAAUAAAU